UCAUUUUUCUGGCUCCAUAUUUGUUAAAAAAAGUCAGAAACGUCACUGCGGUGUCCUGCUGCUGUCGCCACGCAACAUGAGCAGCAGGUGACGCAAUUAGGAAAUCCUCCGCGAGGCGAGACCGUCUCAUUUCAGUUCCGUUCUUGGACUUCUUGUGGCUACGUGCUUUGAAAAACAAGUCCUCGUUUUGACAGUAGCAAGUGUUUAGUACAAGGAAGGUUUGACAGAAAUUUGGUUUUCCUUGAUCGCUGUUUAGAAUUGGGGAACCAGUCGUGGCUGAGAUCCUGUGUUUGUGGUGCCGUGGUUGUUGGUUUGCAGCGUUCACAACGGGGAGGCGUUUUAGUGUGCUGUGAUGUGAGCAAGCACAAGUGAUUGCUGAGAUAGACGGAACGACUUACCCAGUUCUGAGUUGGAGAACGUGUGUGCUUUUGUUUCUGGAAGUUGAAUGCUGUUCAACCAGUUUCAGUCGUUUUGUGUUCGAAAAACUCAACCCCAUUCUGGAAAGAUUCACAAACAUCUUAGAUCUUCUCUUUAACAGAGGUGCUGAAGCGAUAUCAUCAUUAUUCAGGAAGUGAGUCAGUGCUGGAUGAUGGCGUCUGUUCAAAAGCUCCUCGUAGACUCACUGGAUGAUUUAGAUGAAGCUCAGCUGAAAAGGUUUCAGUGGCACCUGAAAACUGAUCAUAAGUUUCCAACUUCUGGACUGGAGAAAGCAGAUGUCUUAGAUACAGCAGAUAAGAUGGUGGAGCGUGAGAAACAAGAAGGAGCUGUGAAGAUCACACUGGACAUCCUGAGGAAGAUGAACCAGAACCAGCUGGCUGAAGAACUAGAGAACAAAUUCAAAGAAGCCCUGCCUUCUUCGCCAUGGCGUCCAGCCCUGCCUGCUCCGCCCUGGCGUUCAGCCCUGCCUGCCCCACCCUGGCUCCCUGCUCCGCCCUGGUGCUCUGCUGCCCCACAGCUGCUCAGCCCUGGUGUUCUGCCGGCCCGCUCUGCGCCGUGA